AUGUUUAGUAUACGAAAUCUUACAAGACUACAUAAACCAACAUCUUUCCUCCCAAAAUCAACAAGAUUUUACUCUCCAUUACCAAGAUCUCACGGUUCCAAAGGAUCUCGUUCUUCAUAUCAAAGAAAGAAUCCAAAUUCACAAUGGGGACAACCAGAACAAGAACUAGGAUCAUCAUCAUCAUUCCAACCAGAACAACUUGAAUUUCAAACCGAACCAAACACUCAAAGAUAUUCAUUUGAUUCUUAUACCGGUUCAGUACCAAAUCCACAAGGGUUAUUAAGAGAAAAUGAUGGUAUAACUAAAAUUCUUAAUGAACCAACAAUUGUUAUUGAAAGACAAAUUGAAAUGAUGAAUGUAUUUUUAGGUUUUGAACAAGCAAAUCAAUAUACUAUAAUGGAUGCAUUGGGGAAUAAAAUUGGUUAUAUGGCUGAAAGAGAUUUAGGUUUUACAAAGGCAAUAAUGAGACAAAUUUAUAGAUUACAUAGACCUUUCCAUGUUGAUGUAUUUGAUAUUUAUGGUAAUCAAGUCUUAACAAUCAAGAGACCUUUCAGUUUUAUAAAUUCUCAUAUUAAAGCUAUAUUACCUGGAUUUGAAGAUUCUCAAAAUUUAGAUGCUGGUAUAAUUGGUGAAAGUGUACAAAGUUGGCAUUUAUGGAGAAGACGUUAUAAUUUAUUUAAAGCAGAAUCAACAAAUGAAUUUGAACAAUUUGGUGAAAUUGAUUCAGGUUUCCUAGCAUUUGAUUUCCCAGUUAGAGACUCGGAAGGUAGAGUUAUUGGUGCUGUUGAUAGAAAUUGGGUUGGUAUUGGACGUGAAAUGUUUACAGAUACUGGUGUUUAUAUUAUAAGAAUGGAUCCUCAAAGUUUUGCAGGGAUGGGAGAAUUAUAUCCUGAAGUUGCAGGUCCAUUAACUUUAGAUCAAAGAGCUGUAUUAUUAGGUAAUGCAAUUAGUGUUGAUUUUGAUUAUUUUUCGAGACAUUCAAAUAGAGGUGGAUUAUUUAGUUUUGGUGAUUAUGAAUAA